AUGAAAUUUUUAUGGUAUUUUUUUCUUAUUAUACUAAUUCGAAUUAAAGCUGAAUCAUUGUCAUUAUCAUUUAUUAAUAUUAUUCCAAGUAUUAUAGCUAAUGGUCGAUUUAUUAAAGAAAAUAUCAUUAAUUCAAAUAUCAUACUUCAUACAACAUUACCAUCAAUAAAUGUUGAUCUUAUAUUGAAUGCAAAUGAAUCAAAUUGUAGUCGAGAUGUUCAAUUAUUAGCACAUGAUUUAAUUAAUGAACAAACAUGGGCAUUAAAGACAUUCGAUGCUUGGGGAAAAUUACCAAGUGGAAUAAUGCAAGGAAAUAUCUAUUGGAUUGGUUCCGUAUAUGAAUGUCAACAUCAUUUACGUGGUUUUAAUGAUAGUGUUAUCAUACAACCGUUUAAAACACAUACAUGUACAAUUGGUAGUGGAUUAUCAAAUAUAAUUCGACCAGUUUAUGGUAUUUGUGUACCUCAAAGUUGUAAUACAAAUGAUAUUAUUGAUUUUAUUAAUCAACAUAUUAUACAAAUUCCAUUUAUCAAACAUUUAAUAAAUAUAACAAAUGACGAUGUUCAUUGUAUUGAACAUCGUCAACUUACUACAGCAGCUAUUUUAACUAUUGUUCUUAUAUCAAUAAUUAUAUUUCUUAUUCUUUUUGCUACUGGAUUACAUAUUAUCUAUGGAGAUAAACAUGAUUUAAAAAUGAAUGAUGAACAUUCAAUAGUUGAAUCUGAACCAUUGUUAAGUCGAACAACAACAACUCAUGUAUCAUCUCAAAUAAAUUCAAUUGAUGAACGUGAUCAAUCAACAUCAUCUGAUGAAAUAACACCAUUGAUUCCAAAAUCUCAACGAAACGUUGACUCUAUUGCACAAAAUUUAAUAAGUUGUUGUUCAUUAAUAAAUAAUUAUCAUAUAUUAAAAAGUAAUAGUUAUCCAACAAAUUUAGCAUGUCUUAAUGGUAUUCGUGUACUUUCACUUUGUUGGAUUAUUCUUGGUCAUACAUGUAUUUGUGCUGCUUUUUAUUCUGAUAAUUUAAUGACAAUUUUUAAUUUAUCUCGUCAACUUUGGUUUCAAAUAAUUGCACAAACAUUUUUUAGUAUUGAUUCAUUUUUUCUCUUAAGUGGUUUAUUGACGGCAUUUACAUAUUUUAUAUCGAAAAACGAAAAUGAAAAAUUUUCAAUUGUAAAAUUUAUUCUUAAUCAUUAUGUUUAUCAUUAUUUAAGAUAUACACUAUUGUAUGGAAUUAUUUUACUUAUUUAUAUCACUCUUUCACCAUAUUUGGGUCAAAAUGGUCCUGUUUAUCCAAUUGAUGGUAUUGAAACAGCAUCAUGUCGACGAACUUGGUGGCGUAAUUUACUAUAUAUUAAUAAUUUUUUUGAUAUGCGUGAUAGUUGUAUGCCGGUAUCAUGGUUCUUAGCUGUUAAUAUGCAAUUUCAUUGGAUUACACCAUUAUUUCUAUUGAUUGUUUCAUGGAAAUGGCUUCUUGGAAUUCUUAUAUCAUUUAUUUUUAUUAUUGUUGAUAUAGUAACAACGUCAGUUAUAGUUUCAAAAAAUAAUUAUGAUCAUGGUUUAUUAAGUGAUUUAUAUUCAAAUAAAUCAAAUUUUUCUAAUAUGUCAUAUGGAUAUUUAAAUGAUGUAUAUGUUAAACCAUGGUGUCGUAUUGCUCCAUAUGCUAUUGGUUUAUCAAUUGGUUAUAUUUUUUAUGAAGUUUAUCAACGUUCAAAUGUAUUAUCAUCGAAUACUCUUAUACGAAGAACAACAAUUCAUAGUCGAUAUUAUUAUUGCAAACGAAUAUUUACUUGGACAUUUGCUUUAAUUAUUUUAUCACUUUGUAUAUUUGGUACAUAUGGUGAUUAUAGUGGACAUCCAUUAACUCGACAAAAUCGUAUUGCAUUUCUUACUUUAUCACGACUUGGUUGGUCUAUUGGACUUUGUACAAUAAUUAUUGAUUGUUUUACUGGUCAUGCAGGUAUAGCAAAUAGAUUAUUAAGUCAAUCAUGUUUUUAUAAAUUAUCAAAAUUAACUUAUGGUGCAUAUUUAUGGCAUUCAUUAGUUAUUUUUGUUAAUUAUCUUGGUCGUGAACAACCUACACAUUAUACAAUAAUGAAUAUAUUUUAUAAUUUUAUUUGUUAUACGAUACUUUCAUAUAUUUUAUCAUUUUUUACUUUUCUUCUUUUUGAAUUACCAACAAUCCAAUCACUUGAAUUUUGUUUUAAACGUCCCAAAAAAUUACAAUGA